CCCUCACCACAGAGGGUGACCUCCGCACCGUCCAAAAAGGAGCGCAUCUCAUACCGGGACAAGCCUGUCCAGCUGAGUGGAGGCUGGGGAGGGGGCAAGAAGAGGGCCCGAGUGUGCAACAUCAGCACGGCUUUGGGUUGACUUUGACAAGCGUUGCACGCGCUACGGGCCCUCUAGACGAUGAUGGAAUACAUGAGCGACAAGUUUGCCAUGAAGAGUCAAGCACUUAAGGGCGAUUACUACAUGGGAUCUGGGGGAACGCUGGACCAAGUCAUGGACGGUCUGGACGCGGUGCAGUACUACAACAAGAGUUCGCCCAAAUGUGUACAGGCCUUCUCGUUACAGAAUUCGGACCACACGCGGAUUGACCGAUCCUCGCCCUGUGACAACCAAAACACAAAUUACUGUACUCCUAAAAGCGAGGAGGACAGCUUACACUCGGAUUUGUCGAGGCCUAUGGACAACUGCUGCAAUCUGAGAGCGUCGCCAGUCGCGCCGGGCUCGGAGAAAACGGACCUGGAGGAAAUCGGCGAGAAGUGUGACAGCAAUGUGUCAAGCAGCAAAAAGCGUCGGCACCGCACCACCUUUACCAGUGCUCAGCUGGAGGAGCUAGAGAAGGUGUUCCAGAAGACGCACUACCCGGACGUGUACGUGAGAGAACAGCUGGCCAUGCGCACAGAGCUCACGGAGGCCCGAGUCCAGGUCUGGUUUCAGAACAGAAGGGCAAAAUGGCGUAAAAGAGAGCGGUAUGGGCAGAUUCAGCAAGCAAAAAGCCACUUUGCUGCAACUUACGACUUAUCUGUGCUACCGAGAACAGACAGCUAUUCUCAGAUCCCCAACAACCUGUGGACGGCCAACUCCCCUGGCGGCUCGGUGGUGUCCUCCUGCAUGCUCCCGCGCGGCUCCCCACCCUGCGUCCCGUCCCCGUACCCCCACUCGCCCCGCGGCGCUGACCACACCGGCUAUGUGGGCUUCCCCAACCACCAGCAGAACCAGUUCGGCGUCAACCAUGUCUCCAUCAACAACUUCUUCGCUGACUCGCUCCUGGCCCCGCCGCCCAAUGGCCACCCGGCCGCCUUCGAGACCAAGCCCGAGUUUGAGCGGCGGUCCUCCAGCAUAGCCGUACUCCGCAUGAAGGCCAAAGAGCACACGGCCAACAUCUCCUGGGCCAUGUGAGCUGACCGCCCAGCCCAGCCCACACUAGCACAGACUCUAAACACAGCCAGGGUAAUGUGAACUCAAUAACAACAUUAACGAUAAUAACUGAUGAUGAUGAUGAUGAUGGCAAUAACAGUAAUAUUAAUAAUUAUUAUUAAGAGUGAAUGUCGGAGGUAGAGAGUGAGCAGGCGCUGGACUACCACAGGGACGCGAUGGUUGUCCUGCCUCAGACUGCCACAUCCUCGCACGGGCAGCAUGUUCUGGAAGCUUCCAUUGUGUCACAGCUGGAGAAUUGGAUGUGUCUGUGCUACAGGCUGUAGUUUUGGCUUCCACACACGGCACAGUCACUGCAGCGUCGGAACAUCUGACGAAGAAGCUGUUGUGUCUCUAGUAGGCAAAUGUAAGGUGCAAUAAGUGACUUGUGUCCCAACACAGAAAUACUCUAUGUCCACUAUAAUCCAUCUCUGGAGAUAUAUUGACAACUUUUGUGUAAAUGCAGAGACAUUGGCCUUGUGUCUGAAAAAAGAGGAUUUACGAGAUGUUUGGGACGAUCUGAGCACUGUCUACGUAAAAGACAUGCCGUUAAAUGAGCCAGCCGUUAACUCUGCCGUCGGGAGGGUUAAGACUUGCGCCAUAAUGUUCCAUCUGCUCUGUCUUGUCAGAGGUUGUGGUGCUCGGAGAAGAAACUGACGUACUAACCCGGUCUGCAGACCCAGCAGAAGGAGUGAGAGCUCUCUGUCUGUGGCACAGCCAAACCUCCUUGAUAAUAUAAUUUCUGUCAAAGUUUUAUCAAAUUAAAUGAUGUAACACAAAA